AUGAUGGACAAGCUACGCCAACUUCGCGAUCGAGGCCGCCAUGAGAAUGAUCACGACGAUGUGGGAGAAACACCCGUCUUAGACGACAACGUCGCAUACAACAGCGCGGUCGUGCCAGAAAAUAUCGAAGGCGUCGAAGGACCUACGCGGAAAGAAAAGCUGAAGAACAAGGUCGAGAUCUUCAAGCAUGCCAUUGCGCAUCCUCAUCAAUCCAUUAAGCAGAAUCAGCAAAAGGCGCUGAUCAAAGGUCUCACUCUGAGCGAGCGUCCAUCGCUGCACGAUCAGGCUAAGGGGGAUGAGCAGAUAUGGGAAGCGCAUGACCGACUACGUGUGGCGAAGGAACAGCAGGAGCUACAUCCAGAGGACAAUUUUCUUGGUAUCCAGGUCGAAAGUGCAGAACAACAUGUGCAACAGCUGGAGUCCGAUCGCGAACAGAUGCAGGUUGCCUGGCAUAUGGGGAGAUAUGUGCAUCGUGCCCGAGCGGUGCAGUAUGGUCUGGAAUAUCCGAACGCCACCUCCGAGAGGUACAGCAAGCUUGAUCCUGUCUCGCGGAAGAAGAACUUCUUAUGGUUGAACAAUGAGGUACCCUACGAUCGCGAGGUCCUGAUCACGACCAUCGAGCGUCUCCUCCUCACCACACAUACCUACCAAAACUGGUGGAUGCGAGUGCGUCGCAUAUAUCGUUGGGAGGACCCUUCAUUGACGGCGAAAUGGCUCAUAGCCUACCCCAUCCUAUGGUAUUUCAACUACUGCAUGACCGCCUUCUGGGCGUACCUCCUCUACUCCAUGUGGUCCAAUCGCCACGGCGCAGCGACCAGAGGGUGGAUGCACAACUCCAACACACGAGCCACCGAUACCAAUGGCACUGCCGCCAUGAUAUCCGAAAUGAUCAUCCGUCACGGCCCCGAUUCGUGGUUCGAGCCUUUCCUCGACGAGUUUGGGCCCUGGCUACAAGAACAAUUUCUGGACUUGGCUCAGUUCCUGGAGAUCACGAAUUCCCUCUACCAGUGGCGGAAUGUCCCAGUGAACUAUGGUACUAGCUUCGCGUAUGUGUGUUUGUUCUUGGUCAGUGCCAUAUCGGAUUACCAGACUAGCAUGAAGAUCAUGUGGAUGGCUGCUGGGCUGUUCUUCUUUAUGGUGCGGCCAGUGGCGAGCUUGUAUCCGCGUUUUAGGCACGUGGUUGAUCCGAUGCGGUGGUUCUUUUGGCAUCAGCCUACACUUUCGGAGCACUUCUUUUCCUAUUUGAAAGAACACGCGCAAGAUGCUGUACGGAAGUAUCAAGACGAUCGCGAAACCGACGACAAUAGCGAAAGCUUUCACAGCCUCGACACGAUACACGAUGACAACGAGAGCUUCUUCGACUGCGAAACCACUCUCCCAAACACUCGCGCCCACUGCUCCUCCCAACGUGGCACCCUCGAACUAGCCCCCACCUCCCUCCGCUUCGUCGCCCACGGCCAUCGCCCUCGAACCAUCUGGUCCCACCCCCUAUCCCACAUCCUCGAAAUCUCCAAACUCACCAUCCCCCUCACCUCGCUCCCCCCGCAGGAAAUGCCAGGUGUCACGAAGAUCACGAACAACACGUCAGCGUUGACGAUCUUCUGGAUCAAACCUGAGAUGAGGCAGCGGUUGAAGACGACGGAGGAGCAGCCUGAUUCGGCAGAUGUGUGUGUGCAGGAGACGUGUUAUGCUAUGGAGAAGGAGCCGAGGGAUUGGUUGUGCAAUGCUAUUUUGGGGGUUAGUGGGAUUACUUGGAUGGAGCUGCAGCCUAGAGCGCUGGAGCAGACGAGGUCGAAUUGA